AUUCUUUCUUUUCUUUACUUUCCUUUUUUUUCUUUCCUCUUAUCCCCCCACUCAUUCCCUCUUUUUUUUUUUAAUAUAAAACCAAUCUAAUAUGCGGAAUCUUGUUGUUUUAGGAGGAUCUUCUCAUCCUGAAUUAACCGAAGCAGUAUGCCGUCGACUUGGCAUUCCACCUGGUCAAGCAAAAUUAGGGAAAUUCAGUAAUCAUGAAACUUCAGUUGAAAUCAAGGAAUCGGUGCGUGAACGUGACGUUUAUAUUAUUCAAUCGGGUUGUGGUAAUGUCAAUGAUAAUCUUAUUGAACUUCUUGUUAUGAUCAACGGUGCCAAGAUCGCUUCUGCCAAACGUAUUACUGCUGUCAUUCCUCAUUUCCCUUAUUCUCGUCAACCUGAUGUUCCCUACAAGUCCUCUGGUGCUCCUUUAACUUCUUUACCUCCUGCUACUCCAAAACAGUCAAAACAUAUCGAUGAAGAAGACGUUGGAAAACAAUUGAUGCGAAAACUUGCCGUUACUUCUUCACAACAACAGGAAGAUACUGUCGAUGAUCCUGCUCCUCUUGCUGCUUCGAAAAAGAAUCCAGAUUAUCGUCCUUGGUUAGCUCGAUCUGGUACCUUGAUUGCUGAUUUAUUGACUUGUGCUGGUGCUGAUCAUAUUAUUACUAUGGAUCUUCAUGAUGCUCAAUUUCAAGGUUUUUUCGAUUGUCCCGUUGAUAAUCUGGUUAGUCGUGCUUUGAUGAUGAAAUAUAUUCGAUUACAUCUUCCAAAUUAUCAACAAGCUGUUAUUGUUUCUCCUGAUGCAGGCGGUGCCAAAAGAGCCACAGCCAUUGCCGAAAAACUUUGUAUGGAUUUUGCUCUUGUACACAAAGAACGACGACAAAAAAUCACACAAAAGACAGAUUUGAUGUUAGUGGGUGAUGUUCGUGGAAAAGAAUGCAUUCUUGUGGACGAUAUUGCCGAUACCUCUUAUACUAUCACCAAGGCAGCUAAGAUGUUACGUGAUCAUGGAGCUCUCAAGAUUUAUGCCAUUGUCAGUCAUGCUUUACUUUCUGCCAAUGCUUUGGAAAACAUCGAACAAAGUGCCAUUGAUCAAUUGAUUGUUAGCAACUCGGUACCUCAAGCUCAACAUUUACAUAGUCCCAAAAUCAAAGUUUUUGAUGUUGCUCCUCUAUUUGCUGAAGCUAUUCGUCGUAGCCACUUUGGUGAAUCCAUGUCUUUACUUUUGAACCCUCGUUAUGAUUUAGAUUAGUGUUUGCCUCAUUCUAUACAUUCCCACACAUACACAUUCAUCUAUACACACAGUAUAUAUAUAUAUAUAUUUAUUCUCACAAACACAGUUCCCAAUAUUUUUUAUUAUUAUUAUUAUUAUUUAGACAUCUGUUUGUAUUGUAGUCUUUUUCAUGUUUCUCUUUCUUCAAUAUCAAUAAACACACUAGUGCUUUUUGA